CCAGAAGGGCUUAAAAAAGUACAUCAGCGGAUGAAAAGUGGAUGCAUGCCGGAUGGAUUGGACUGCGUUAUUGUCUUCUCGGACUCCAGGAAAUCUGAGAGGGUUUGUUUUACGCACACGUGCGAGCGCUCACCGUGAGUGACUGGAUGUCCGGAUUAAACCUUGUGGAUCUUCUUGGAGGGUACGACAGAUAUAAAUUAGAUGGCUCUACGGAUCAAAUAGGUUCCUCAAGGAGUGGAAUAUUGUCUCUGCUACAGCCCACAUGGCUUUACCAAACUCAUCGGGGUCUCCUGGAGCUGGGAAGCCCAACCCCAACGUCAUAGACCUGGGGACAAUUUUCGUGGACUCCGAUAUCAUAUUUGGAUUUACAAGCCACCUGCUAAAGAGAAAAACAAAGGUGGAGGGAUGUCCGGGUGGAGGGUCCCCGGCAGCUGGCGAUCUAACCCCCAGGAAAAGACUCCACUCUGCGGAGGACGCGCGGUGCUGCAGCCGGCCUCCUCCUGAGGGCGCCGGGUCAGUUUCCAUCGGCGAGUCGGAGGAGAAGGGAGGCUUUUGUCAGCAAUGUCAGAAAAAAGUGUCAGAGCUGAAGAAGCAAGCACUUGCCCUGGCAGACCAAAACUCCCUGAAGGACCCUGGGUAUGCAACUUUCCUGUUCGAGCAGCUCCAGACCUCUGGGAGCCAUGAAGUGGGGGUCAGCUGUUGCCAGGUGUGCUCCACGCCUCUUCACCAACUAAGGAAGGAGGCUCUCCAGACUCUCCACACCCCUGUGCUCGCCUUCAACUCAGACAUGGCCGCCCUGUCCACCACAUCCUUUCUACCGCAGCCGUCGAGGUACACCAUGUCUUCCUCCAGCGUCCACACAUCCAAACAGCUGUCCAAAGGCCAACCAGGAGGCUCCUCUUUGCUGCCUCUGGGGGAGAGACACAGGGUGCCAGGCUGGUCACAGAGCCCUGCGGUCUCUUCAGGGUCAAAGACUAGUGUCCAGGUGACGGUGGCAGGGGGGCAGCUCACUGGGUCCCUGAGCGCUGUUACCAUCCAGGCACAGCAGUACCUCGAGGGCAUGUGGAGCAUUUCCAGGGUCAACAACUUCCUCCCGCAGCCUAAGCCGGGCCAGAGUUUGAUCAGUGGUGCAGACAUGGAUGUCACAGCAUCAGAGACCCCAGUCACCACCAUGACCACCAUCACCACCAGCAGCAGCAGUAGCAGCAGCAGCAGCAGCAGCAGCACCCUGACGCCCUGCAGACUGAGGAGCUCCAGCCAAUCGGGACUCCCAGCACCCAUCUCCAAUACAUCCACCUCCCCCUCUCCUUCCUCAUCUGCAGCCUCCUUCUUCAUUAGGGCAGCUCAGAAGCUGAACCUGUCCUCCAAGCGGAAGAAGCACCAGCCCUCGCUGCUCCACACACAGGAACCCUCCAUCUAUCCCACCAACUUCAGCGGCAUCCUGCAAGUCUCGCCGCCCCCUGCUCCGCCAUGCCUGCUUCGAGCUGUUUCCAAAGUGAAAGACAAUCCAGGGAUGGGAAAGGUGAAAGUGAUGAUGCGUAUCUGCCCAUCUCUGGAGGCUACAGACUCCUCAGAGUCUCAGUCUUUCUUGAAAGUGGACAGCAGGAAGAAGCAGCUGACACUCUACGACCCUGCGUCCAGCCCACACUCCAGUUCCGCUCACAGGAGAUCCGCCACUGUGGCUGUCCCAAAGAUAUUCGCCUUCGAUGCUGUUUUUACGCAGGAUGCCUCACAAGCUGAGGUGUGCUCAGGGACAGUAGCUGAGGUCAUCCAGUCAGUGGUGAACGGUGCAGACGGCUGCAUCUUCUGCUUCGGACAUGUCAAACUCGGCAAGACAUACACUAUGAUUGGCAAAGACAGCUCCACUCAGAGCCUCGGCAUUGUGCCCUGUGCCAUUUCCUGGCUCUUCAAGCUCAUCAAUGAGCGCAAAGAAAAAACAAGCACACGCUUCUCUGUGCGUGUAUCUGCGGUGGAAAUCUUUGGAAAGGAUGAGGAGCUGAAGGACUUGUUGUCAGAGGUGUCCACAGGCAGCCUGCAGGAUGGCCAGUCCCCUGGCAUCUACCUGAAAGAAGAUCCUAUCUGUGGCACUCAGCUCCAGAAUCAGAGUGAGCUAUGUGCCCCGACAGCUGAGAAAGCUGCCUUCUUCCUGGAUGCAGCCAUUGCUGCGCGGAGCACCAGCAGGCCCAAUGCAGAUGAGGAGGAUCGACGCAACUCCCACAUGCUGUUCACACUGCACAUUUAUCAGUACCGCAUGGAGAAGAGUGGCAAGGGAGGAAUGUCAGGCGGACGGAGCCGACUGCACCUCAUCGACCUGGGGAGCUGUGAAAAGGUCCUAAGCAAAAGCAGAGACGGUGGGGGUGGGUUGUGUCUCUCUCUAAAUGCACUGGGAAAUGUCAUCAUGGCUUUAGCAAAUGGAGCAAAACAUGUACCUUACAGGGACAGCAAACUCACCAUGUUGUUGAGGGAGUCCCUUGGAAACAUCAAUUGCAGAACCACCAUGAUCGCCCAUAUCUCAGACUCUCCCAACAACUAUGCUGACUCACUCACCACCAUCCAGCUGGCAUCCCGCAUUCACCGCAUGAGGAAGAAGAAAUCUAAGUAUGCCUCCAGUUCAUCGGGUGGGGAAAGCUCCUGUGAGGAAGGGAGGAUCCGCCGGCCACCUCACCUCAGACCCUUCCACCCACGGACAGUUGCCCUGGACCCAGACCUGCCCUCUUUACUCAGUGACCCAGACUACUCCUCCAGUAGUGAGCAGUCUUGUGAUACUGUCAUUUAUGUUGGCCCAGGGGGAGCGGCGAUAUCGGACAGGGAGCUUAGUGACAAUGAAGGUCCGCCUGCCUUUGUUCCAAUCAUCCCUUCCCUGAACAAGAAGAAGUCUGCAAAAGACGGACCUCUGGACAGAGAUCAGUUCUUUAAAUGCAACACGUUUGCUGAGCUCCAGGAGAGGCUAGAGUGCAUAGAUGGUAGUGAAGAACCUACUGCCUUUGUAGGAGAAGGCAAGCGCAGCCAAGCUAGCCCCAAAAUGGACAAAUCGAAGGAGAGCCAAGGCUCUGUAUCACCAAAGACUGUUGCAAAUAUUUCUUGCACCCAAGAGGGCAUCUCACCCAAACAAUCUCCAAAAUCCGUUGCCACACCACCAUCCUGUAGUCCCAACGCUAAAUCUAAACUGGACAACACCAAGAAACAGUGUAUACCUGCAGAGAGGACUGUAUCAGAGAGUGUUCAAAAUGUAUGCAGAACCAGUGCAGAUGGUGAAAAGGCCUUGAAUUCAGAAAGUCACAUUAGUUCAAACAAAGUGGCAACCUCUGCUGCAGCUAACUCUGAGCCUGUGGUGAGAGAGAAGGUGUACUACAACAGGAAACCCUUGCCAAAGCCUGCCCCACCACCUCAACAAAGAGACGUUAAUAAAGAAAAUGCUGAAAAUAAUGAGGAACGAUCAAGUACCAGAAUGCCACCUGUUGGAAUGAGCCACCAAACUGCAAAAAAGAGGGAUCUUUGUACUUCCCCUCUGGUCCGAGCUCCAGUUGAAGUGUGCCAGGUGCGUUCUACAUUAAGGGAGAGGUGUCUGGAUCGGGAUAUCCUUAGAGCUACCGUCACCUUGCAGCAGCCUGUAGAGCUAAAUGGCGAGGAUGAGCUGGUGUUCACUGUGGUGGAGGAGCUGUCAAUAGGCAGCAUUGUAGAUAAGGGUCGGCCAUCCAGCAUUAUCAGCUUUAACAGUGACUGCUCCCUUCAGGCCUUGGCCUCUGGCUCCCGACCUGUCAGCAUCAUCAGCAGCAUUAAUGAUGAAUUUGAUGCCUACACUUCAGCUGUGGGAGGAGCAGAGGUCAACAUUGCAGUGGUCACACCCCUCCAAGAAGGAUCAAUGGAGUGUAUAGAUAGGAGGGGUUCAUCUAUCAGCUCUUGGCUUAGUGAGGUUAGUGUUAGCACCUUGGAAAGUGAAGGGGCUCAUUCUUCGGAGGUCUUUCUUCCACAACUCAAACACAUGGGACCAGAGGGCACCUUUUACUUUGAUUCCUUGGAUAUGUUCCCCAGUGUGUCCUCUCCUAGAGAUGCCAAGAACUCUUUAAAUGACAGUGGAUUUGGUUUUUCUGAUCAAGACAGUGACAGUGUUGCCUCGAGCAAACUAUCAUUGACAAAGUACCCUCCAUCUCCAGAAUCAGCCAAAGGCUCUCUCAGAUUCACAUCUAAAAUAACUAAAGCUCACUCACUUAGCUCCUCACAACUUCCACAGGGCCCAUCCAUAGUCCACUCCAGUCUUCCCCGGAAGAUAAAACCUACCUCAUCUAUCUCUCAUAGUAGUAGCAGUAGCAGCAGCAGCAGUAGAGAGCCACUAAGGCAGGAGACAAAGCAAGAUGAUCCUUGGCAGCGCAUGGGCAACCACGCAGAACCUCAAUUUUCUGACUCCAACAACACCAGCAAGUUCCUCAGAUAUCCCCCAAGCGGCAUUCCGUCAAGCAGAGUUGUCAACAACAGCAACAGUGUACCUCGCCCACCCAAGGUGCAGGGGUCUACCUCAUCACAAAGGGUGGUUGAUGGCUGUGAGAAAUCAGCUUGUAAGAAAUCUGAUCCACCCAGCAAAAUGCCUCAGCUGAGACGAGGUGCCACAACUCUGGGAACCGUACCCGUGAUCCAUUCAUCUACAGAGUACAAGGGAACUCAAGAUGUUAUUGCAUCUACCACAAGCCUUAAAUUCUCCUCUUUGGGAAAAAACAACAAGGCUAACUCACAGAAAGCGAGCAACAUCCCUAAACCUGGUUGCACCUCACCCCCUCCUCCUCCAGUGAGAAAGUCCAGUCUUGAUCAUAAGACUAAGACCCUGCUCCCCCAAAGUGCCUUAAAGUCAGCAUAUGGGGAGGCAGGGAGAGCUUCUGGAGUUAGAGCAGCUGUAUCAGAGGAUGAGCUUGAGGUACGACACAGAGUAGAUUCUACUAGUGUCAAAACCUCUGGACUCAAGUCUGACCUCAUAACUGCCAAAGUUACCUCCAGCCUGAAGAGCAGAGGGCAUAGAGGAGAGGCUGGGCAGCAUUACGGCAGCCAAAUGUCCCUGGACAGGUGUGAAAAUCUGUCCUUAUCGGGUUCUAGAGCUGCACUGAGUAGGGAGAAUAGUGGGGCGAGUCUGGGGAGCAGCAGUAGCAAGUCCAGCAAGUCGUUUCAAAGAUUUGGCAUUCCUAAUUCAUCUAGUUCACCUAUUGCUACCUGUCCAUCAUCUCCAUGUGGGGGAAGUGUUAGCAAGCCUGGUCAGGUAAAAGCUUCUGUGAAUCCCAGAGCAUUAGGAACAGUUAACAGUAGUAAGGCACGCUCACUGUCCGCCAACAACUCUAAAGGCCUAAGCUCCUCCACCAAGUCUUUGGCCGCCCCUGUGACCAGAAAUACCAAUGCCAACCUCCCUCCUUCAGGACGAACAUCAGCUCCUCGGACCACUGCUGCUGUUAGCGGUAAGCCUGGCAGAGGAACUAUUAUGGGCACAAAGCAGGCUAUGAGGGCUGCAAAUAGCCGGGUGAGCGAACUGGCAGCAGGCAACGUAUCAGGCAAACAACACAUGAGAGGUUCAGGAGACUCAGACAGUGGGAAUGACAGUGGGGUGAAUGUGAGUGAUGACAAAUCCCCCAUAGCCAUGCUGCCCUCUCCAUACAGCAAAAUUACAGCACCGAGGCGGCCUCAACGCUACAGCAGUGGCCACGGCAGUGACAACAGCAGCGUGUUGAGUGGGGAGCUGCCUCCAGCUAUGGGCCGCACAGCUCUUUUCUACCACAGCGGUGGGAGCAGCGGAUAUGAAAGCAUGAUCCGUGACAGUGAAGCCACAGGCAGUGCUUCUUCUGCUCAUGACUCCAUGAGCGAGAGCGGCAUGUCAUCUUCAGGCAGGACAAGGAACUCCAAGUAUCCCAAGAAGAGAACAAAUGGCUUCCAGAGAAGACGGCUAAUCCCGGCACCCCUUCCAGACACCUCAUCCCUGGGGAAGAAAGUGGGCACUGCAGGCCAGUGGGUAGACUUGCCCCCAAUGUCUGGACAGCUGAAGGAGCCCUUUGAGAUCAAGGUGUAUGAGAUCGAUGAUGUGGAACGGCUCCAAAGAAGGCGUCAGGAGGAACCCACAGAGCAACCAUUCCAGGAUGUUGAUAAGGGCCUCAUGUAUUUUAACAGUAAGUUGAAAUUGCUGGAAAGAAGACAACAGCAAGUAAAAGAACUGAGGGCAAAGCAUGAGAUAUUGUUGGAGGAGCUUGAAGAUACCAAGGUUCGACUGAUGAUGGAUCCCAGCAAGUGGAUAGGAGAAUUUGAGGUGGACCAGAAUUUGGAUAAAGACUCUUCAGAGUACCUGGAGGCCUUGGCACAAGUCACAGAAGAGCUGGAGUUUUGUGUCAACAUAUGCAAGUCUCGUGUCAUGAUGGUGACCUGCUUCGACAUCAGCAUGUCAACGCCUGGCGCUCAGGAGGGACUACGUGAAGUCGAAGUCUGAAGACAAAAGCAAGUCGAGGAUGAGAAUAAGGAAGUGAGAAGACAGAGGAUGAUGAAAUGUAGCAGCCAGCUUAUAAAUAUUACUGGAAUAAAGAGAUGCUAAACAAGAUGGAGAAGAGAGGGGGAUCUUUGCCUGGAAGAGGAAAUCUUAACCACCGAGCUACAGUGCCUCGUUGUCCACGACGUGUGUUAAUGGCAGAGAAAUAAAACGUGAGCACAAUUGCUGUUGCUUUUAUGGCCAGGCAAUGGCCAAUACUUACUUUAGAGUCAAUGAACAACACCUGGAGUGCCUUUUUUAUUGUCUUGUUUUGAGUCAUUAUUUUUCAUAAGGUGCAGGUAUCUUAGGCAUACCUAAGCAAAACCCUGAACAUAUUGCUUUUAAAAUAAAAUAUUUUAUAUCGCAUUGUAUAGUGUAUUUAUAUGAUUAUGUGGUGUGUACAAAUAUCCUUUAAGGGAAAAAAAUAAAGAGGAAAAAAGAAAAAGCAAUAAGCUAAUGUUAUUGCGCUCCCAGACCUUGCCUUUUCACUUGUUUCAAACCUCAGUCAGCAUUUUAUCCAUGUUCAUUCAGCCUCUUGCGCCUUAUGUUAACUCUCUGGUUCUGUAGUUUUCUAGACUUUCAAACUGGACUGUGUUAUCUCAUCAAGGACUGCAUUUGCUGUUGUCACUCAUGCCCUGCUGGCUGGCCUGUGAAAGCUUGCAGGGUUGAGUGAAUGUUUUACCUUCCAGUUGCCUUGAUUAAAAUGAGUCUCAGUGGAUGCACUAAGGUAGAGCAGCAGUUACUGUAUGUUUCUAGACGGAUGGAGAGCCUAUUCGAGCUUUUUUAACCCAUGUUUAUCUCACGGAAAAUGAGAUGUUAAGCCAAAACAUAUCAAUCAGAGGGCCACUGUGACAGAUUGUGAUUGAUUAUUCCUGAUUCAGCCAUUGUCUCUGGUGCCUCAGCCAGCGAAGAGACAUACUGUAACCUUCCCUACACUAGCCUAUAUGAUGAUAACAUGAUGAAUAGUUGGUGGCUGUGCUCAUCAUCGAGCCCGGCUUCUCUCGAAAGGGGCGUGGACCGAGUGCUAUCUGUACACUGUAACACAAAGAGGCACAGAUGAGAUGGCUCAAGUCUUUUGUCCUUUUAUACAUGUUCAAGCACUAAUAAGCCUCAGCUCUAUGCAUUCCAAUACAGUUACUGCAACUCCUGUAAAAACCUCAAUAUUCACUUAAGGGCGGCAAAACAGUCUGGCCUCUUUUUGUCCUCAGUCCCCCCCUUUUUUUCCAAGUAGGCAAAUUUAACAAAAUGAAUCCAGUGUCUAAUACAAAAACUUUCCUAUGAAGCAAUGCAGCGACUGAGAGUAAAUAAUCGUGACACUGUUUAACAAAAUCAAUCAUGAUAUUGACUCUGAAGCUGCAAGAAUGUGCUUAUUAUGAAUCAAAUGGCUGACACAGAUGAACGUGAAAAUGAUUGUUAAAAACAAAACAAACUGGCUUUGUUGAAUUUUGAUGUGUUUUCUUUCUGUUUCUAUGACAAAUAUGUUGUUUUUUCCCUUUAUUUUACAAAAAUGUACUUUCUCAGGCCCUCUGAAGAUGCUGCAUGAGAUUUUUUAAUCAUUUUUAACAAUGAUUUUUACUCCAUUUUUACCAUUCUGAUUUUUUACAAUAACUUCAGCUUUCACUAAUGUGGGGUUAGGCUCAUAAAUUAACUAUUAACUAUUACCAAACCAAGACCUUUUUCCAAGAAAUUAUUAUAUGUAAGGUCAUUUUUCAUAUCAAAACCCAUAUUUUCGAAUACCUUUGUUUUUUAAAAGGGAUUUUCAAACCCUGUGUACAAAUGUAUGAUAUGGCAGCUUGUGUUUUCUUUACAGUACAUGUGAAUAAAAUGGUUCUUCUUACUGAUAA